UGUAAAAAAUGAAUAAGUGAAGUUUUUAUUUUCUACUGAGUUAAAGAAAAUAAUUUUGUUUAUUCAAUUUAUUUUAUCAAUAAAUAAUAUAUUUAUAUAAUUACGACACAGCAACAAAGCUACAACUAUAAGGAAGCAUUAACAAACACACCACUAAUAAAAACAGUCAUCAAAAGAUGACAAAAACAAAUAGAAUGUUUAAACCUCUUAUGAGGAAGCCAAUGACGUUGGCCAAAUCAAUAUUUGUCUUUUUAAUAAUUGCGGCAUUUCUACGUGACCAACUAGUGGACGCACGUAAACAUCAUUUAGAAGUUCGAACAGAUGAUCGUCCUUAUAUUGCUUUGUCAACAUUUGGUUUCUAUACCAAUGGCCAUUUAAAUGUUAAUCUUAGUAAAUUGGUGUUGUCAUCGGAAAUAGGUAAUGAAAAGCUGGGUCUGUCUUUGGAUAAGACCACCAUCGAUCAAAUGAAUCCUUAUUUGGAUUCCCAUCAAAAUAAGUGUUUGCUUGAAGAAUCCUGGAGUUUGCAGAGAAGUGGUCCAAUUUUAUUCUUCUUAUUUGAUUUGAAGAAUUUGCAAGUCCACGUUAAAUGUUCUCCCGAAUGGCGUAAUCAACACAUUUACAAAGACAGCACAAUGUUUCCCAUGUAUCGUGGCAAACGACAAUCAAAAGUGCAUAAUGCCCAAAACAGACUCGUUUUGGGACCACGCCGUCGCAGACGUGAUCUAGCACCACACGAGGGUGAGGCCAAUGGCGAAAAUAUGCCACCUGUGCUACUCAAUGACGAACAACUAAUGGAUGAUGAUGAUUCCUAUGAAGCACCCGUGCUACCAUCUAAACCUACAGUCGUUGCCAAAAAGACCAAAGAAGAUCAAGUUAUAGGUGAAAAUAUCGUUGAAGAAGAGAAAUUACAACCCAGUGAUGAGAAGAAAAUUGAAGCGUCCGAAAAAUCAUUAAACCCACCUACCAUGUCAGCUGCUGUGGUACCAGCUCAAGAAUAUGCUUCAAAGGAAAAUUUACAAAAUCCAUUUUGUAAAAAUUUCGUAUUGCCCUUGACCAGAACUACGGUGGAUGGUGUAAAUUAUUAUAAUAUGUCGUUCUCUAUGUUUGUGGGAUCAUUGCGUGAAGAAGGUCUUUAUAAUUUGUAUUUCCAUAAUUGCGAAAAUUAUCAUGGUUUCGAUAAAGAAGUUUCUUUUGUGGUUGAUAUUGAAGAAAACAACAAUGGCAACUAUUUAUCAGCCGGUGAAAUGCCUUUGCCAGCUUUAUAUUUAAUGAUGUCGUUACUAUUCUUUUUGUCUGGUCUAUUUUGGGUAUUUAUACUGAAAAAGAGCAAACACACCGUAUACAAAAUCCAUUACUUAAUGGCUGUUUUAGUAUUUUUGAAAUCUUUGUCUUUGAUGUUCCAUUCAAUAAACUUUCAUUUUAUUGAAACAAGAGGAGAACAUGUUGAAGCCUGGGCCAUUUUGUACUAUAUAGCUCAUUUACUCAAGGGAGCCGUUUUAUUCAUUACCAUUGUGUUGAUUGGCACUGGUUGGACAUUUAUCAAACAUAUACUAUCCGAUAAAGAUAAGAAAAUCUUUAUGGUGGUAAUACCUUUACAGGUUCUAGCCAAUGUUGCUGAAAUCAUUAUCGAAGAAUCAGAGGAGAGUGAUGUAGAAUACCGAACCUGGCACAACAUAUUCAUCUUUGUUGAUCUUUUAUGUUGUGGUGCCAUAUUAUUCCCCAUCGUUUGGUCGAUACGCCAUUUACAUGAAGCCUCAGCCACCGAUGGCAAAGCUGCCAUUAAUUUACGUAAAUUGAAAUUAUUCCGCCAAUUUUACAUAAUGAUCGUUUGUUAUAUAUACUUUACACGCAUCAUCGUUUAUUUGCUUAAAAUGACGGUGGCCUUUCAAUACGCCUGGUUGGAUGAAAUGUUCCGUGAAAUGGCCACAUAUGUUUUCUUCGUUUUGACGGGCUACAAAUUCCGUCCCACAUCAUCACAUCCCUACUUUGCGGUGGACGAUGAUGAUGAUGACGACGAUGAGGUUGAAGUUUUAACCGAAUCCGGUCUCACUCAUGGUAUUCACCGUACUAAGGCACAAAAUCGUAAUGCUGUGUCGAAUACCGUCAUCAUCGAGGGUAACGAUGAGGAAAAAGAGAAUUUAAUAUCAAAACGCGAAUCAUCACAUGAAUACGAUUAGAACAUGAGAAGAUAGAAAAAAACAAAACGUUUAAAAUGAAAGAAAAACUAUAAAACUUUAAUUUAUAUUAAUUAUUUAUGGUUUAGGAAUUCGCUUCUCAUUCACGUUUUCUUUAUCAAGUCUAGACUGAAACAAAAAACAAACAACAAAUUAUUAAAAAAAAUAAAGAGUUUUUCUUUUGUAUUACAAUACUUUAAACAAACAAAAACUUAGAUUUUUAGUAUGUACUCCAAUCUUUAACAAAAAAAAGCAAUAAAAUAUAACAUUUUGAACAAAAUAUUUUAAAUAGAA